UCUUCCUGCAACCGCCGCAUACAUUAAUUGUGUCUACGGGAAUACCGAUACAAAAUAAUGGGAAUCCCGUGAACAAAUUGAUUUGUUUAACCUAAUCAAGGCAUACAGACAACACGAUGAUUGAGCAUAAUGCAUAAUUGGUGCAUAGUUCCAAAACUAUAUUAACCGCAUCCCGACGCGAGUUGGCGUUAGAACCGUUUGAACCGUUACUGAGCGUGAACGUGAGCACCAUGGAAACGAAACGCUUGGCCAACUGGGUGGCGAUUCUGCUCAGCUUCCUGGCAAUUGGAUUGAUCAGCACACAUGAUACGUCCGAGUUAUGCCACGGGAAGUACUACUUCGGCAACACAUUUAAGAUCAACUGGUAUAAGGCGACGCAUUACUGUAGAUCCCGCGGCAUGUUUCUGGUAUCGAUCAACAAUCAUGCACAGCUGAACGAUGUGAUCAAGUGCAUCCAGAAGAGCGGACACAUGAACCUGAACAACGACCUGGACAUGUGGACGUCCGGUAACGAUCUCGGGGAGGAAGGGCAGUUCUUCUUCUCUUCGACCGGCGAACGGGUGACGUUCAAUCGGUGGGACAAAGGUGAACCGAACAAUGCGAGGCACGGAAUGUGCUUAUACGAGAAUUGUGUCACGCUGCACUUCAAAUUGCAUUCCGUCAACUACACGUUCGGCGAUAGGCCUUGCGGGAAGGAAAAAUUAUUCAUGUGUGAAGCGUUGUAGGAUCUAGGAACAGCGUGCAGUAUUUAAUAUUCAGGUUUGUCCGAAACCACUCACGGUCCAGCGUCUAUUCGUCUGCCAACCUGUUAUCCCAGCGUAAAUGAUGUAUUCCUCCACACGAUCUAUGUUGGACAUAGGAUCUCUGUGUGCAACGCAAUCUAUCCAUCUCAACUUGGGCCAACUACGUGCCCUAUGUCCUUGUGGACGGUCUAAAAGCGCUUUUUGGGGUGUGUUAUCUCGAUACAUCCGUAUAACAUGGCCAGCCCACCUUGGUACGAUGAUUCGUUGUAUCAACUCCUCAAGGAACGUUCCUUGAAACGUAUUAAAAUUGAUCCUCAUUCCAUUAUUCUUGAUAACGCUUACGGAUUCUUAUGGUGAGGGUAGAGAAUGAAUGAAAUACUUUGAAAAGAGAAGCAAAAUAAAACUUUGACAUAUUUUGACUCAUUUCAUGCACAAAAACGGAAAGAAGAAGACUUAU